UUUAAAGUGACGUGUUUCCCAAUGUCAUCAUAGCAUUUCCUGUUGAACAUUCAUUUUAAGUUCAUGAGACAUUUGGGCACGGUGCUAAGUUAUUGAUCGUUGAUCUGUUGAUCUGACGUCUAUCAUGUCGAGUCGCGCUCUGCGUAGGCUGAAGGGCGAGCAGCGAGCUCAGGCCGCUUUAAACACGCUAAAACUAACUGGUGAAGAUGAAGAGGAGCAGACGAAGGGUGACACAACUGCCCAUAAGCAGAAGAACAUCAGCAACAUAUUUGAGCUGAUUGGUGAGGCUGAUGUGGAUGUAAGUGUGUCAGAUGAGGAGACAGCAGAGAGAAUCAGUGACAUAAAACCAGGAGCAGCUUCACUAGAGAAAGAUGCCGUGAAGGAUGAGAAGUCAAACAAAAAAAAGAAAAAAAAGAAGAAAAAGGCUCUUGCUGAGAAUGGAAGGGAUAAUGCAGUCCCAACGAAAAAGGGUCACAAUCGUGUGUUGGAACCGCAGGCGGAUGAUUUGAGUGUGGGAGAUGAUAUUGAUGCUUUCUUGGAGACCCUGGAGAAGAAAAAAAGCAUAUCAUACCAGAGCUUAGACAACAGUGCCUCUGAAAACAGACCUGUACUGUACGUGGAACACAGGAAUCUGAAUCCAGAGACGGAGUUGAAGAGGUAUUUUGGCGUUCGGGCUGUUCUGGGAGACCAGAGAUCAAAACAGAGACCGAGGCAGUUUCAUCGGUGCACUUGGAUGACUGUUUUCAAAGACACAUGGCCCCGUUUCAGUCGACCAGGUAUUUCCAUGAGUCUAGUGGAAUCUAAAAACGGCAUUCAGCACUUCACCUUUGAACAUAAUCGUGACUAUCAGCAAGUCCAGUUCAAGUUUUUUGAUGCGGUUGAGUCAAUGGACCCCAAUAACUUUGUGGUUCUCCUGCAACUUAACCCAUAUCACAUUGAUUCACUUUUGCAGCUGUCAGAUGUAUGUCGCAUACAAGAAGAUCAAGAGACCGCCAGAGAUCUCAUCGAAAGGGCUUUAUAUAGUUUUGAGUGUGCAUUCCACCCUGUGUUCAGCCUGACGUCAGGCACGUGUCGACUGGACUACUGUAGACCAGAAAACAGGGCCUUUUAUUUAGUUUUGUUCAAGCAUAUGACAUUUCUGGAGAAGAGAGGUUGUCCACGUACAGCUUUGGAGUACUGCAAACUGAUUCUGAGUCUGGAUCCAGAUAAUGACCCUCUCUGCAUGCUGCUGAUCUUUGACUUCCUGUGCCUGCGCUGUCGCGAGUACACCACCCUCAUCCGACUCUUUGAAGAAUGGGAGGUCCAUCGAAAUCUGUCCCAGCUGCCAAACUUUUCCUUUUCUGUGGCUCUUUCCUACUAUCAUCUGAGCCAACGGGAAGACAUUUCACCUGUGGAGAACCAUCAGCUGAAGCAGAAAUCCAAUGUACUAUUGCAAAAUGCUCUCAUCAUGUUUCCUGGUGCACUGAUGCCCCUUUUGGACUUAUGUACAGUUCAACCUGAUGCUUUGGUGUCUUCUCAUGUAUUCUUUGGGCCAUCAAGUCAAAUUGGCCAGCCUCCUGCACUCUCAGAGUUAGUGGCUCUAUAUGUGGGUCGCUCUCACAGCCUGUGGAAAGAAGCUGGACUGAUGCUAUGGUUGGAGGAGAAUGUCAGAAAAGUGCUAAAGAGGGUUGACUCACACGAUCCUUAUUUGGAGGACUGCCAAAACAAGAGGAAGCAGCGAUACCAGAGUGCUCCCAGGAACAUCCAUAGACAUGUGCUGAUGUCUGAGAUCAAGGAGGCAACAGCUACCCUUCCCUUAGAAGUGACCACACAGCCAGGAAUGGGUUUUGACCCUCUCCCUCCUCUGGACUCCAUUGUCUCUUACAUCAGACCAGAAAGGCAGAACAUGGGGGCCUCAAAUGAAGGGACAUUAUCUUUGUUUUUCCGAUCACUGCUACCAAACUUCAACCUCCAGGGGCCUGAAGACAGACAAGAAGUUGCACGUGCUGGGCGUGAAUUGAACCAGGAGGUGAAUAGACUCAUGGUGGCUAUGAGGGACAUGUUGGCUAACAUCCAAUUUCGUGAACCUCAGUGGGAGAACAACCAUGAAAGAGAUGAGGAGGAAUGGGACUAAAAGAUCGAGGGUAUAAUUUCUGAGCAACCUUCCAAAUUUAGCUACCAUGUUUAGUACAUUUUGACAGUCAGCUGGAAACAUUACUAAAAAAAAAAAAAGAUUAAAUGUUUAAGGUUUCGUGUUUGGGUAACGGGUUGGAUAUAUCCUGUCUGAGGGUGAGGUACACAUUAUAAUGUUAAAGGUUGAUCAUUUUGAGAAAGUUUCUGUAGACGAGCAUGACAUCUUCAACUAAAGCAUGUCAGAUUUUCAGAACACUGACGAUGGUAUUUCAGUGUUGAAUAUUAUAUGAUAUCAAACAGACAUGAAGAUGUAUAUAGCCACGGGUAUGUAAUAUAUAAAAAAAAUUCUGUAAAUGGGAACUAAUUGAAAACUGAGUUGAUUUAAUCUUAUGAAGUAAUUAAAAAAUAUUAGUAUUUAGUGUUUAUUGUCUACCAGACCCUGUUUCACAUCCCAUGCAAAAAGAUGUUGUUAAUGGGAUAGUUCACCCAAAAGGGGAGGGCCUAGGGAGUGAGGGGUGCCUUAGGGCUCAGUUCUUGGAUCACUUCUCUGUCUGCAUGGCAUCACUAGGUUCUGUAAUUCAUGGCUUUUCAUAUCACUGCUAUGCUGAUGAUACUCAACUCUACCUCUCAUUCCAUCCUGAUGAUCCGACAAUAGUUGUUCACUUCUCAGCUCGUCUAAUAGACAUUUCUUGAUGGAUGAAGGACCAUCAGCUUCAACUCAACCUUGCCAAGACAGCUGCUUUUGGUUGUAUUAGACCAAUUGUUUCAACCCAAUUUCACCAUCCAGUUAGGCACAUCAACCAUAAUUCCUUCAGAAACACCCAGAAGUCUUGGAGUUAUGAUUGAUGAUCAGCUGACUUUCUCAGACCACAUUGCUAAACCUGCCCAGUCCUACAGUUUGCUUUAAUCAACAUUAAGAUUAGGCACCUUUCUUUCAGAACAUGCUUCACAACUUCUUGUUCAAGCUAUUAUUCUAUCCAGGCUGGACUUAUUGCAAUGCUCUUUUUCCAGGAUUUCCAGCCAAUUAUAUCAAACCUUUACAUUGAAUCCAGAAUGCAGCAGCAAGAUAAAUUUUAAAUGAGCCGAAAAUAAUGCACGUCACACUUCUGUUUAUCAACUUGCACUAGCUCAAAUUCAAGGCAUUAAUGUUUGCCUACAAAACGACCAGUCUAUGCACCCCUUUACCUAAAUUCGUUGCACGUCACAUGUUAAAAUAAAAAUAACUUUUGAUAAUAUUUUGUUCUAUUUUAAAACAUUUAAUAAAGCAGUAUCACGUCUGAUUUUGGGUUGAUAGUUAAAUUUGUGUUACUAUAACUGAAAGAUCAUCUAAAUUUCUGUUUAGUCAGAUAUGUGUGGCUUUGAUCACCUGUACCAAUUUUAGUGUGAAUUUAAUCAUAUCUGAAGGCAAUAAAAUAAUGAAAUUUUAAGUGG